UGUUAUUGUACUGGAGUUAAUUGUGCAGAGAAUUUGUGCACCUUAGAUCAACCAUUUAAGAAUUAUGGAGUCACUGAUGAACAUUUGUAGUUCAGGUGUUUUACUGCUUUUAGCCAAGCCAAGUGCCAAAGAUCCAUCAGGAAAGGAUAUCAAUGCACUUGAGCAGCACAUCAAGAACCUGCUGAGCCCCUCAACUCCAUUGUUCUUCAACACCCUGGAUGACCCUGCUGACUUUGUCCAAGGUUACCCGUUCAGUAUGCGUGAGGGUGUCCCAACUGCUGUUUCUCAUGGUCUUUGGCUUAACAUUCCCAAUUAUGAUGCCCCCACUCAUCUGGUGAAGCCCAGUGAGAGAAACACUAGGUAUGUUGAUGCAGUGAUGACCUUGCCGAAGGGAGCUCUCUUCCCGAUGUGUGGUAUAAAUAUGGGAUUUGACCGUGAACUCAUUGGGCCUGCAAUGUACUUUGGACUCAUGGGAGAUGGUAAGCCAAUUAGACGUUACGACGACAUGUGGGCUGGCUGGUGCAUCAAGGUGAUUCGUGACCACCUGGGUUUGGGAGUGAAGACAGGUCUGCCAUACAUCUGGCACAGCAAAGCAAGCAACUCCUUUGUUGACUUGAAGAAAGAAUACAAAGGCAUCUAUUGGCAGGAAGAGAUUAUUCCCUUUUUCCAGGCCGCGACCCUUCCUAAGGAAUGCACCACUGUUCCACAGUGCUACCUCGAGCUCUCCAAGCAAGUUAAGGCGAAGCUGAGAAAGCUUGAUGAAGGUGGUUUGGCUGUAAUGAGUAGGUUGGCUCAAAACAGGCUUAGGCAUACUGGGAAUGGUUUGGAAGACACACCAGUUUAUUUGGAACUUGAUGAGAUUUAA